GGUGCGGAUCUUUGGAUUCAAGAUUGUGAAGUUCAUUCAAGUACCUUGUCAUAUUUGUGGUUCGGCAGCCCAUCGCCUCUCCAGUCACCAGAAAUCCUUUCCCAGAAAGCCUUUCCCAGAAAGCAACUUAAUCUCAGAUCAACAACCUGGAGAAACCUCAUCUGGAUUCAUAUCAGAGCUGUCUUAAAAAACCAAAGUUUGCAUCAUCUCGACCAAUUUCGUCAGACUUUGAACGAGUCAUCUGACUCUUCAACGCUUGGAAGUUUAUCAGCCGUUCGCCAUAGCAACCCAAACUGGUUAAGUGUUUAGUUUUUGUCUUGAGUCUGGUAUCGGGGGUGACGGCGCUUCAGCCAGACAGUCAUCGUCUAUGGUACAGCUUUUCUCAAAGUGUUGGCUGAGGGUUCGGACAUCCCUGCGUCGAUUGGCCUGCAGUCAUCAUCAGCCCUGCUGCAUCGACGCUAACGUCAUGUUUUCACUGAAAAAGUCCCCAAGCGAGGAGCUUGUUGGGGGAGGGUCAGACAACCGUAACUGGCGAGGCAUCGCGAUAUCCUUGGUGGUCAUACUACUGAUUGUUUCAUUAAUUGUCAUUGCGGUCUUCAUUGUUAUGCCAGGUGAAGACUGGCAUCUACCCAAGGAAUUUCUGUUUGAUGACAUUUUCAAUGAAACCUUCAAACCCAAACACUAUGACGUGCAGUGGCUGUCUGGGAGUAAAUAUGUGCACAAGGAUAACUACAACAACAUCAUCUGGAAGGAUCUACAGCUGGAUCAGUCUGGUGUCCUCCUCACAAAUAGAACUCUGGAUGAGGAAGGUGGCACUAAGUUCUGGGUCAACUCUGACAUGACGCACAUCCUACUGGCUUGCAGUGUCAGGGACCUAUAUCGACAUAGCUUCUAUGCCAAGUACAAGCUGUAUAACAUUGAGACCGGGUCCUCAGUUGGUCUGACUGCUCCUGGAUUGAAAGAGACCGUUGACCUACGCUAUGCUGCGUGGGUACCAGGUGGCUCUGCAUUGAUAUACGUGUACAAGAACGACAUGUACUACUUAGAGUCUAUUCCACAUGGCGAUGAGAAAGUACCGGUUGGUGAUACAGCAGUGAGGAUUACUGAGACGGGGGAGGAAGGGACCAUCUUUAAUGGUAUCCCUGACUGGGUCUAUGAGGAGGAGCUACUGAGCCGUGAUAAUGCCAUCUACUGGUCCUCAGACGGUACCAAACUGGUCUACGCAUCCUUCAAUGAUACCGAUGUAGAUAAGGCCAGGUACCCUAAGUAUGAGAACCUACGCUAUAGCGAGCUGGAAGAGUUUAGCUAUCCUAAGGCGGGGUACCAGAACCCAACUGUCUCCCUUCAAGUUACCAGCAUUGCAGAUCUUGGCAACCAGGUCACUCUAGUGCCGCCAGACACCAUCAGUAAAAGGGAUUACUACUACCAUCACGUAGUCUGGGUUAACGACGAUCUAAUUGCCGUGACGUGGCUGAACCGCCCACAGAACUACUCCGUCCUGACGCUAUGCCGUGUGGAUUCAGGAGCUUGUCAGAUCAACUACGAGUAUGAAACACCUGGUGGAUGGAUCGUGGAUCGAGGAGCUCCCAAAUUUUCGGAGGGAUCAUCUCCAAUUGACUAUGUCAGGAUCCUACCUCAGAGGGAAGUGGCUCAUGGGAACUUUUACCAUGUCGCACUAGUGACUACUGACGAAUCCCCAGGUAGAGUGACCUUUCUGACCCAAGGUACCUGGGAGGUCACGUCCAUCGUUGCCUACAGCCAAUCAGACAAGUUAGUGUAUUACAUCAGCACGGAACAAUCUAUCCGAAGCAGAGAAUUAUACAGUGUUAGCACUGAGAGGCCUUUUACACGUCGCUGCUUAUCCUGCGAUCUGCAUGUGAAUUGCACCUACUACGAUACCUCCUUCAGUCCUGACAACUCCUGGUACAAGCUGAACUGUCUGGGACCCGGCAUCCCUCGCACAACGCUGCACCAGACUAGCACAGACCGUGUACUGGUGGUGGAGACCAACGAGGCACUGACUAAGGCCUUAGAAGGCAAGGCCUACCCUAAUAAGACCUUCUAUGAGAUCCAAGUCGGGGAGUACAAACUCCCGAUUCAGAUGUGGAUCCCUCCGAAGAUGGACCUUAACAGGAAGCACCCGAUACUGGUUCACGUCUACGGGGGACCGGGCUCGCAGAUGGUCAACGAUCGAUUUGAGUUGGGCUGGAAUGCUUACCUGUCCAGCAAGUAUUUCGUCAUUGUGGUCAAUAUCGAUGGACGGGGAUCUGGGUUCCAAGGAGAGAAACAUUUGUAUCAGAUCUAUAAACGGUUUGGAACGGUGGAAGUACAAGACCAGGUCAUUGGUGUCAGGCAUAUCCUAAAGAUGUUCCCCUACAUCAACAGCACCAAGGUUGGCAUCUGGGGAUGGUCGUAUGGCGGCUUUGCAGCUUCAAUGGCCCUCAGCUCUGAAAAUGACAUCUUCAAGUAUGGCAUUGCUGUCGCGCCAGUCACAGACUUCAGAUACUAUGAUUCCAUCUACACUGAGCGCUACAUGGGUCUCCCUGAAUCAUGUGACAAUAUGGAAGGAUAUAAGCACACCAACGUUUCAGCGAGAGCUCGGAAUAUCAAAGGAUUCAACUUCCUCUUAGUCCAUGGGACAGCAGAUGACAACGUUCACUUCCAGAAUUCGGCUGAUUUUGUACGGUCAUUAGUCCAAGAAGAAGUUGUUCUCAGAACACAGUUCUAUCCGGACCAGCGACAUUCCUUGGAUGAUUCGCACGUACAACGCCACCUCUAUGAUAUCAUGUCGGACUUUGUCAAUAAUAGCAUACAAAGGAAAUACCUGAACACAGAACUACAUGUAUAGUCCACUCUGUUGAUCCUAGGCUCCCUUGCAUGCUAUUAGAAGCUCCAUUUUGAUAUACUUCAAAUGAUUCUAUAUAUGAGUUGUAUAAAUCGGAAGGUUGAUGGUAAUGUUCUGGAGAAGGUAAAGAGCGCCCUCUACUAUAUGCUGUCUGUCAGUGUGAGGUUUGCUAAGCUGGAAAUACAGUAUAGUCGUGAAAACCUGCAUCACAUAAAGCAUGUAUGAAUGGACCUGCAUAGGCCCAUGAGUGCAUCACAUAAAGCAUGUAUGAAUGGACCUGCAUAGGCCCAUGAGUGCAUCACAUAAAGCAUGUAUGAAUGGAUCUGCAUAGGCCCAUGAGUGCAUCACAUAACGCAUGUAUGAAUGGACCUGCAUAGGCCCAUGAGUGCAUCGUAUAACGCCUAUAUGAAUGGACCUGCAUAGGCCCAUGAGUGCAUCACAUAACGCAUGUAUGAAUGGACCUGCAUAGGCCCAUGAGUGCAUCACAUAACGCCUAUAUGAAUGGACCUGCAUAGGCCCAUGAAUGCAUCACAUAAUGCAUACAAUGGACCUGCAUAGGCCCAUGAGUGCAUCGUAUAACACAUGUAUGAAUGGACCUGAACACAUCUUCAAAAUGAAUGUGUGCAUCAAGGGUCAUUAUCUUCCUAACAGACUGCAGAGGGCAUAAUUUUGUGUUUAAGACUGAAAGAAGAAUGUUUGCUGUCUUCAGCAUGAGUUUUUGCCUACGAUUCUUAAGCAAAAAUUUGCUUGAAAUGUAGCACGCGGUGGUCAACUCCUACAUGUAUAUCACCUCUGUCAUACAGACAGUGGUUCUAUUUCCCCCCCCCCCCCCCUCCCCCCAAGAAAAACACCCGGGGGCGUAUCCAGAAGGGGCAGGGAGGCAAAUGUUUUGCGGUAUUCGCAACGAAUGACGGAUAAACACGCAGGGAGGGAGGCCGGAAAUAUCUAUCGGUGACCCCGCUUGCAGUGAGCAAGGCCAGAAAUAUGAGUGUGCUGCCCAAGGGCGAUGGCUUCAACCCGCCUGGCUUGAGGUCGAGUGAAAAUAAAUCCCAUGCCUCGUACUGUUCUUGCCAAAGUAAUUCCAGCGCGCAGUGGUUAAAGUCCUAGAGCUUUUAGCAAACAUUCAUGAAUUGUUGUCUUGUCGCAUUGUAUUUGAAUACAGAGUACUAUUCAAAUAAUAUUUCUUCUGUUUUUAAAUGACUACUUUGUAACAUUCCUGUAUGUAAAAAGUGUACAUACAAUAUUUGUACUUGACAGAUUGUAUAUAUUGCAUGUAUGUAAUGCCAGUUUUAUGCUAAAAAGCACAAUUAAAGUAUUAAUGUAUUGAAAUGAUGGACAAGUUCAUUUUUUACUUGGGUUUGAGUGGUUUAAAUUUACUUUCAAUGUCAGUUUUAAGAAGAAAUUUGAUAGUAUUUUAGCGUGAAGGAUCACAGGGUUGUUUUUGAAGAAGUAAAUUAUCAUUUCAGAGUAAAAAAAAAACAAAAAAAACGAAUGGCAGUUUAUACAUGCACCGAUAUCAAAUUUCACUUCAAUAAUAUCAGCAUGUAUAAUGAGGGUCAAACUGUGUGAAAUAUCCAAAUAUAUAGCAAAAAUCUUCUUUCUACUGUAUAAAGUUUUUUGGGAACUCAUUGUUUGGGAUCUGAUCAUAGAGAUGUACUUGCAUCAUGCUAAAAAUAACUUGUGUUUUUCUUUAUUUGACAGUACUUCCAAAACUGCAAGAGGUUAUAUGCCAAGUUAAAUGUAUAUAUUAAUGCAAUUUAUAUAUUGUUAUCCUUGUACUUGUUUGCAUCUAUGUGGUUCAAGUGGUCAAUGAGGACAAUUCCAAAUGGCAUUUUACAAAAAUCAUGUUGCAAAUGGAUUUCUUUUACCAUAUUUCUGUGAGAAUACACGUCAGUCAUGAAAGUAAUAAAAAAUAAAACAUGAGAGAAA